UGACUUCAUAUCGAAUGCAUUUACCGGCCACUCUCGCAACAACAAUGCAUUGCAAAUAUUCAGUCGAGGCAGUAGACUUUAUCGCUCAAAAAGGAGCAACAUGCUCACCAAAGCGGUGAGACGCGGCACUAUGAAUACCACAUUUAUUCGAAUUCAAUCAGAACGUCUACUCGUACUAUCCCCAAGGACAUCGCGUUCCCAUAGGCUUAGCACUGAAAUUCAGUCCCGCACAAUGAAUGUAAAGUUCACUUCCGUAUGGAUCUGAUCAAUUACUAUACCUGAGGCUUGAAGAUGUUAACACUAGCUCACGUCUCACAAUUACAAAUCUUGUUGUCCGUAUCUCAAUUCGCUUUCUAUCAUUACGUCGUAGAGAUGUUUGUUUUAGUCUCAAAGACUCUUCGAGACCAACUGCCGACGCACAGGAGGUAUGCGAGUGAGUAUGCACAAAGUCUUCUAGAAAUACGCCAUCAGCCAAUGGCCAGGUGCGGGGUUGAUGUGAUGCUUUCAUGGUUCAUGAACGAAUGAACGUCCGAGCCUGGAAACAUCCAUAAUGUAGUUAAAACGAGGGGAAGACGAUGCCAUCAUACUAGAAUGAUAUGUAUCCUGGGUACUUGUAGGUAAAGGUUAACAUUCCACCUCAAAGACAUAGGUUUUGCAUAAAAAUAGCCUCCAAGAUGUCUCAGACGCAAACAAUGAAAGCGGUUAUAUACCAAGAACCCUUCAAAGUAACUGUCGAAGAACGCCCACUGCCAACAAUCAAACAUCCGGAUGAUGCACUGGUUAAGGUGACGACAGCCGCAAUCUGCGGGAGUGAUUUGCACAUGUAUCAGGGAAGAACGGCUGCGGAAGGUGGAUUAUGUUUUGGACAUGAAAAUAUGGGCAUAGUAAUCGAGACCGGUUCUGGUGUUCAGCAUAUUAAGAAAGGGGAUCGUGUGGUGAUGCCGUUUAAUGUGGCAGAUGGUAAAUGUAGGAAUUGUGAGGAGGGCAAAACAGCUUUUUGUACAGGUGUUAAUCCCGGAUUUGCAGGCGGAGCGUAUGGAUAUGUUGCAAUGGGCCCUUACCAAGGAGGUCAAGCACAAUAUAUCCGUGUACCAUAUGCCGAAUUCAACUGCCUUCCUCUUCCUGCUGGAAAAGAACAUGAAGCGGAUUUUAUCCUUCUUGCCGACAUAUUCCCAACGGGGUGGCAUGGUGUUGUACUUUCUGGCUUCCAGCCAGGAGAAUCAAUCGCCGUUUUCGGAGCCGGACCUGUUGGGUUGAUGGCUGCGUAUAGCGCAAAGCUCAGAGGAGCAAGCAAAGUGUUUGUCGUGGAUAGCGUGAAGGAACGUCUACAGGCUGCAGAGAAAAUUGGUUGUGUCGCUGUGGACUUCACGAAAUGUGACGCUGUCGAGGAAAUCAUAAAACAGAAUGGCCAGAUGGUUGAUAGGAUCGUGGACGCUGUCGGGUACCAAGCUUUUGCACAAGAUGGCAAGAAAGAAGUACCAAGUAUUGUUUUGGAGAAUUGCAUCAAAGUGACGAGACCAACCGGUGGUAUUGGUGUUCCUGGAUUGUAUGUCCCAAGCGAUCCUGGUGCUCCAGAUAGCAAUGCUGGCCAAGGAAUGUUAUUGAUAAGCUUUGGGAAGUUAUUCGAGAAGGGUCUUUCCGUUGGCACUGGACAAUGCAAUGUCAAAGCCUACAAUCGUUAUCUGCGAGAUAUGAUUAUCUCAGGCGUCGCAAAACCUUCAUUCGUUGUUUCGCAUGAAAUUGGUAUCGAUGAGGCACCGAACGCAUAUACCAAAUUUGAUAGAAGGGAGGAUGGAUAUACUAAAGUUUUAAUCCAUCCCAACGGCCCUCUCUGAGCAAAGCAGAUUUAAAAUUGGCAUAAAUUGCGAUGGCUCAUACAUUUGCGAAUCCACUUCUGUAUAUAUUUCGGUAGUUUACAUACAAUGAUUAGUCUGCUUAAUUCUUGACUUAGAAGAUUACCGAUGGCAAUCAUUGUAUAACCGAUGCAAUGCCUCAACAUUCAAAAGAAUUCUGCUUGUGUUUGUGCUAGAUAGUCUUAGAAAAGCACAAGAGAAUUCAUUUUCAAAGAGAUGCAACGUUACUACCAUAUCAAGGGUGAAACCUAUCCAGCAACACUACUGGCUUUCUCGUUACUUUAAAUUUU